CCCAGCCCGCCAGCCACUAGUGUUUUCGUUGCGCUCUGCCUGCGCCACUCUCCACGUUGUAAACAGUAGUGAGGAGGCUUCCCUUCUGUCUCUCCCUGAAACCUUUCUGCCACCAUGCUGCUACGCCACGGAUCCCUUCCCCUCCUCCUGCUCCUCUGGCUGGCCACGGCUCAGGGCGCCACCCUGGCAACCCUCUACCAGGCCCAGGAGGAAGCCAACCCCAGCGCCGAGCCCGCCGACCUGGCCGGACUCCCCGCCGUCGAGGCCCCGGUGGCGGACGCUGCCCUGAACGACCCGGCGCCCGACGCUCUCGCCGGCCGGCCGGACGCUGGACCGGAGGCCCAGGAAGCUCUGACUGAGUCCACAGAAGCCCCGGAACCUCAGCCUGAGGCCGCAGUGGCCCGGGAACCUCUGUCUAACUCAAUAGAGGCAGAGGAACCUCAGACCGACUCUGGGGAUGCCAAGGAUCCUGCGUCUAACUCGAUAGAUGCCAAGGAACCUCAGCCUGACUCCACAGAAGCCCAGGAACCUCAGCCUGACUCCACAGAAGCCCAGGAACCUGUCCCUGAGACUGGAGGAGCCAAGGAACCUCUCCCUGAGUCUGGAGGUCCCCAGGAACCUCUCCCUGAGUCUGGAGGUCCCCAGGAACCUCUCCCUGAGUCUGGAGGUCCCCAGGAACCUCUCCCUGAGUCUGGAGGUCCCCAGGAACCUCUCCCUGAGUCUGGAGGUCCCCAGGAACCUCUCCCUGAGAGUGGAGGACCCCAGGAUUCUCUGACCGACUCGACAGAAGCCCAGGACCCUCUCCCUGAGACCGGAGUCUCCCAGGACCCCACGCCAGACACUCUAGUCUCUGACGGUGACGUCGAGACCGAAGCGACCCAGGAUCCCAUGGAGCUGAGCCCGGUGGCCGCAGACCUCUCCGACGACUCGGACGCCCCCGAUCUGUCCGCGCAGGAGACCCUCCCGGAGGAGGAGUGGGCGGGGGUUCCGGGGAACACGGAGCUCCAGACAGGGAAGGAAGCGGAGGACUCUGGCGGCUGGGGCCUGAGUGGGCUGAGGGGCAGCUUCCAGACCAUCAACGGAUACUUUGACUCCAUGGUGGAGCUGGUGGGAGGACGCAACGGAGUGUGUCAGUACCGCUGCCGACACGGCUCGAUCCCUCAGCCCCGGCCCGACUACCAGAUCCCAGAGCCAGAUGGCUGCACCUCGUCUCUGAUUGGAAUGCAGGUAGAAGGACCUUUUGACCUGGGCAUCCCCGCCAUGACGCAGUGCUGCGACAAGCUGGACCAGUGCUACGACACGUGCGGCUCCAGCAAGUCCCGCUGCGACUCCAAGUUCCGCUGGUGCCUCCACAGCCUCUGCACCGACCUCAAGACGAGCCUGGGCUUCGUCUCCAAGGUCAAAGCCUGUGAGUCGGGGGCAGACGCCCUGUACAACACGGUGUCGACCCUGGGCUGCAGGCCCUACAUGAACAGCCAGAGGGCGGCGUGCGUCUGCACGGAGGAGGAGCGGGAGGAGCUGUAACGGGGAGGUGAAAGGCUCUGCCGAGGACACAACCGAGGCACACAUGUCUGCGCGUCGACACACUUUAUAUUUAUGGAUAUUUAUUGUUGUUUACGGAAGGGGACAGCAUUGACGACAGGGCUCAUGGGAGAAGGCUGAGAGUAUUUACAUAGAGGAAAAUGGUAUUGAAUAGGGAUUAUGAGCCAAUAUUGUGUUUUCAGUAUCUGAACAGGACUUGGUUUAGGUUGUUGUUUUUUCUCAACAGUUUUGGUUAAUUGGACAAAUCAUUUUCUAUUAGUUUUAUUAUUUUAGGGCAGGAUUAUGACUCCAUUAGCAUAAAUGACUUUGAUGACUCAGAAGAUGUCUGAUAGAGAGAGCAAAUUUCGGUCUGAUUCACUUCCUGGUGCGCGAGGAUGAACUGGAGUUAAUGACUAGGGAAAGACUCUGUCUUGUCCGCGUGUUCACGAUCAUCAGACCGCCCCGCUACACUCACCCUCUUAGAGCGGGACGUGUUAGCGCUGCGUCCAUUACUGCUACUCAGCAAUGUGUCCAAUGUAACUUAUUAUUUCCCUCGUUGUUGGUUUUCUAUGAAUAAAUGCAUACAUGAUUGUCAUUUGUUUUGCAUAAUUAAG